AAUCGUAUAGACCAAAAUCCUUAAGGUCCAUGGAAACCCAACCACAUGCGUAUUCAGUGUGGGCGAUUCCGCCGGAACACGUGAAAAAGAGACUGAAGAAGCUGAUGGACACACUCCGAUCAGAGUUCGGUGGCCCCGAGCUGGUUCCUCACCUUACAGUUGUUCGGGCCGUUACCCUUACGCCGGAAGAUGCACUUGAGAAAUUCAGAUUAGCUUGUAAUGGACUGAAGGCCUACAGUGUUCAAGCUAGUGGCAUCUCAACUGGAACUUGCCCUUACCUCCUAUUCGACGCUACUCCUGAGGUUGUUGGAACUAGUGAUCACUGCUGUGGCCAUUUUGGAUACACCCGCACCGCACCUUAUAAACCACACAUGAGCCUUCUGUAUGCUGACUUAACAGACGAAGAGAAGAAGAAAGCAGAAGAGAGAGCUAUAGUUUUGGAUGAAAGCAUCGUGAACUUGAGCUUUACGAUAGAUCGUCUGGCACUCUACAUAACUGAUGAAGAUAAGACUCUCAAAUCAUGGAAGAAGGUGUCUGAAUUUGAACUCCAAGCCAUUUAGGCUUUUGUAUAAUUUACUACUUGUAAUUGUAAACUUCUAAAAUCUUUAAUUAGCUAGUAAUUAAUAAGUUUCUGUCAUUUGUAGACGCCUUGCAUAUGUUUGCGAUUGUGAUUUGUAAACAUUUGCUUCCAAUAAUAAAAUCGGCUUCUUAGACCUAUA